AUCAUGGUGUAAUUAGACUCAAAAGAUUCGUCUCGCGAAUUAGUCCAAGGUUAUAGAAUAGGUUUUAUAAUUAGUGUAUGUUUAAUACUCUAAAUUAGUGUAUAAACAUCCGAUGUGACAGGGACUUAAAAUAAGUCCCUGUUUCCCAAACAGGCCCAGCUGCUGCUAUGUGCAGACCUGCUGCUGAGGGCUCAUCUAUUUGGGAUCAUUUCAGUGGCUGGCAUUGUGUCCAACCCAGCAGCUCCUGUUACUACCAUUCUUACCUCUGCUUCUCCUGGCUCUGUUUUCCUUCUGUUGUCUCAUGAGGAUUUUGUGACACUUUAGUUGUGCACUAUGUACUAAUAAUAUUACAGGUUGUGCUUGAUAGUGUAAGGAAGAUAUUGUUUUAGAAAAUUUACAAUCUUGUUAUGUUUUUCUGCUGAUAUUGAUAUUAGUAUUGAUUCCAUAGCAAAUUCGUGUCGUUUUCCAUUCUUAGGCAAAUUUAAGACCAGUCUUUUCUGCAUAGAGUAUGUUCGUCAGCUAUCUUUGUAGUCCUUGCAUUGCUAGAAGUUCCAGAACAUCUGGACAUGUGAAUAGUAGAUUUCCAACAUUAGGCACACAUUUGUGCUGUUACUGUUAGGGUGAGUUAUUGAAAUGCCACCUUUUGCUGUAUCAGUGAUGAAUAGCAGAGCAAACUUGUCCUUUUUCUUGUACUACUAGUAUCAUCGAAGUUUGUUUAUGCAAUCUAAUGUGCAGAAAUAGUUAUGCCCCUCUGUUAUAAACAGGUCACAUAUAUAUCUAAUAUUUGUCAGUUUGAAGUUGCAUCCAGUGUCCGCUGUAACUUAUCUAAAGCAAAAUGUGAUAAGUUUGACAGUAACUUAUUCUCUUUGAAUUUGCCAUCAAUAUAUGAAAUAUAAUUUUUUAACUGUACCAAGAUCAGGCAGGUAAAGAAUGAAGAUAUAGAAUAUAUGUAAUAGGUGAAUAAUCUAGAAUUUGAAUGUAUAGCUUGUGUUGCAUCGCUUGGAAAAAAAUUAUUAGGAUAAAACUAAUGAUUUUUAGAUCUUGUUCAUAAUGUACAAUUCUUGAGCUUUGUCAUUCAUCUUUGACUUUGAUCAUCAAGUUGGUAUCUAUUCAAUUUAUUUUGGGAAGCAAAGUAACUGGUGUAAAUACUGUUUUUCUCCCAAAUAUAAGGAAAAAGGUGGAACCUCUAUACCACUAGUACUAGGGCAGAGUGAGCACGAUAUCUUCUAUCUGAUAGACAAGGGCGAUGCCUUCGAUUACAUGUGAUAAGGUUGUUCUGGAUAAUUUAUAUGGAGAAAUAGCCAAGUCUGUGGUGACGAUUAAAAGAUACAACCGAACUGGGCUUGUUAACUUUGCCACCGGGUUUAUCAUCUAUGCAACAAGGUCUGAAGUUCUAGUAUGCACAGAUCACACAGUACUUAAACAGGGGGAAGACACAUAUGUAUAUUACAGUGAUGGUACUGCUCGUCAAGCAUUUGAAUUCAUUAAACGCACACCAUGUGGACAUGCAAUUUUAUUAGUAUCUGUACAACCUGGCGAACGCCGCCAGUAUCCGGUCUCAUUCAGUACAGUACAAGCAAAAAGAGAGGAGAUUUGUAUGAUUGCACGGGUCAAUCAUGACGGAGAUCCUGGAUUUAUGUCCGGCAUUGUAGUGGCCCCGAGCGGCAAAAUAAUGCUGCGAUCAGGAAGAGUUAUCACUAGUCAUGAGAAGAAGUUUGCUCUCACUUGUCCACAUGGAAGACGAGGAAAUGUGGUUGCGGAAGGAAAUUUAAUUGGUGCCGCUGUAUUUACGUUAAGUGGUUUGGUUGUGGGGACAAUCGAUUCUGUUGUUAGUGGUUGCUUCGGUUUGAAAUUCGCCAGACACUCGUCUUUUUUUCUAGAUGAGCUCAACCGCAUGGUUCAUAAGGAACUCAAGAAGGUUUCACUUUCGAGAGGUGCAACUCCCCUUUCAAGGGGUUCAAAGGUUGUACAUGUUGGUAGUACAAGUAAAAGGUCCCAUGAAGGUCAGACCAACGUGGCUGCAGAAAAGCGUGCUAAAUAUGCGGCCAUAAGACACAGAAUGGAAGACUGGUGUGGGGGCUCGUCAUGGUAAAAAUUACAGAUGGUCACUCAAGAAGUUCAUAUCCAUCUUGAAGUGAUGGUUGCAUUCAGUUUUGGGAUCGUUGAUGAAUUGCAAUGUUUUGAGUGAAUGAUGCUCCUUCUCCGUAUUUGGCUUUCAAGCAAAAGCCGGGCCUCUGGCCUUCUCUCUAAAAAAUGAUGCUCCUUCUAACAAAUAAUUUUCUCCAAAGCUACAUAAUGUCUGAUAAUGGCUUCUCAUCAAUGGUGUGUCAGAAUGCAGUCGAUAUGUUAUAUGUACUAAUGGUGACUGUCUGUAUGGUCCAUAAAUCCUUUUUUGGCUCAUGGUUAUUUGUUCAGAUCUAUAUACGUGUCUAUAUGUGAAGAGCCCAUAACUUUGUUUUGUCAAAGUCAAACUCAUAUUUGUGACUUCAAUCCACUAAAUGGGUUAUAAUUUAUAAACAUCAAA